UCUAAAAUAUAUGAAAUGAUUCAUUUAAACAUUGAAAUGUAUUCUACGAGGAUUGCUGCUAUUUUCGCUAUUCUUCUCAUCUGUCAUGCCUACGGGAGACCAAACAAAACUGCCGAAGAGAAAGAAGAUGACGACGGUUAUAUCGACGACGAUACAGUCCAGGAUUAUGAUGAAGAAACGGAGACAGAUCCUGAUAAUGAGAGCAAUGGGACACCCGCUGAACCGCCGGAAAUAAAGACCAAACCCCUGAUCAUCGAAGUUAGGCCGGGUAGCAACGUUGAGUUGCCUUGUUACGUCGUUAAUGGAGAUGACUCUGUUAUUGAAUGGAAAAAAGGCAACGUAAGUUUGUUCUUCGGAGAUUCCGAUAUGAUUAAAGACUCUCGGAUAGUUACCACAGUUAAUCACAGCUUAAUAAUUUACAAUGUUACGAAAAGCGACUCGUCGGAUUCGUACUCGUGUAUUCUUCUAAGUGAUCCACAGUUGGAAGUAAUACAUGCGGUUCACGUUGUCGAUAAAUCCAAAGACGACGACAAGCGGAUCCGCGUUAUUCCUGGAAAAAGAGUCGAGGUCGACGAAAAUCAGAGUACUACUUUUGGUUGCGAAACUAGAGAUCCAACGGUCAAAAUUAUUUGGUCUCACAAGGGAUCGAAAUUACAACAUGGCGAAGAAAUUCAGAAAAACGGUAAAUACGUGGCGAUAAAACACGCUAAUAGACAUCAUGGAGGUCGUUAUCAAUGUCUUGCUGAUGUCGUCAAUGAAGAUCAUCCUCCCUACGAAUUUAUUGACGUUAUUGUCAAGUUUAAACCAGUAAUAGAGGCUGAGCAUGACAUUGUCCACACGGGAAUAGGAUUAACGUCUGAGCUGACGUGUAAAGUUCACGCACAUCCGCGUGCCAAGGUGACAUGGAUGAAAAAUGGCAAGCCAGUAAGCGGUAAAAAGGAUAAGAAACUUCAUUCAGAGGAUAAGUCUUCACGUGUUCUAGUUAUUGAACACACUGAAGAACAUGAUCUCGGUGCCUACACUUGUGUCGCGACAAAUCAAAUGGGCGAAGCAACCAAGGAAAUAAUUCUCACUGGAAACCCAGCCAAGCCCAAGUUUGUCGGUAUUGAUAAUAAAGAUGACGAAAAGACUGUGGUCUUUAAGUGGAAGGUCAAGAGUUACGCGCCAAUCAAAGAGUACAAAUUGGAGUAUCGUCGCAAAGGCGAAGGAGAAUGGAUCUCAGAGAGUCCUGAUGUCAAAGACGGAGAUAGAAAUGAAUUUAUGGUCGAGCAUGCUCUGAAAGAUCUUCAGCCAGGCGUAUCAUAUGAGACGAAGCUGUUGGCCAAGAAUGACUUCGGAUGGUCGUCGAGUUCUGAUACCCAUUACUUUAAAAUAGAAUAUAUUUCCGAACCACAAAAUGUGACAGGAUAUAGCAGUGCAACAUCGACGCGGUCGCUUGCGGCACUCUCAGUACUCCUAGUCUUCUUGUCAUACAUUUCAACGAAUAUUUAAUUUAUUAAUCACUCCAUACUACAUAGAUAAUUCGCUGCAGCCAAAGCGUAUACACACCAAGCAAACUUCAUGGUGGAUCUAAGAACUAAAAUUGCCUAGGGGAGUGCCACUAACAACAUUACUUACGUCGUUGACAACCCAUCGAUAUUAAAAAAAAAACAAGUCUUCAUGUAUAUAUAUAUAUAUACAUAUAUUUAUAUAUAUUAUGAUAGUAGCAAGAAAAAAGUUUAUGAAGAAACAAAACUUCCUUGCCUUUCACCUUUGUCUUCCGUUAUGGAAGUGACGAAAUCCGCGUGCCUCAAUUUGUGACGAUGACAAUCAAGGUCGUUGCAAAUACGAUUUAUAUCUAUACAUAUAUUCAUUCAAAUAUCUUUAUUGAAAUGUACAAAUUUUAUAUUAAUAUUAUUCCGUUUUUUUUAAUCAACGAGUCUACUGGGCUAAUUUUUUUUUUUUUGAAUGGAAUGUUGACGGUAAUCUUCCAAUUAAUUUUUUAUCGACGUGCCUUUUGAGGUUUAAUUAAUUAAUUGAUACUAUACUGAAAUUUUAUUUUUAAUCUGACUUUUUUAUUUUUAUUUAUUGGAAUCAUAGUUUUUUUUUAAAGUAAAAUAUUUUAUAUAAUUUUUUUAUUAUUAAAUUAUUUAAAUUUAAAUAUUUCCAUAGGUUUCAGUACAGUAAUUUUUGAGAUAAAAAAUUAAUAAAAUCUCGAUGGUCUCUCCUAGGUGUGCCAUUAUGUGCUAGAGAGUAUAAUAAAGUUAAAUAAAAAGAAAGCAUUUUUUUUUAAAUUCACGUAAGAAAAUAGUUUUAAGAAGAUAUAUAUUAUACUUCAAAAUAUAUUUAUAUAUAUUACCUGUAUAACAUAGUAUUCGUUGUACAUGAGUAAGUCGAGAGAUACACUAUCAUUAUUAUUAUAAUUUAUUUUUUUAUGCUUAAGAAAAAAAAUAUGAAAAUAAUUUCAAAUCAAAUCUGUUUUAUUACAAAAAAAAACUAGUGCCAUUCUGCGGGUAAUAUAUUUUAUAUUUUGUUCUCUCAACUAGAAACACCCGCACCGGUACUUAAAUAUCUCUUCCGGUCAUCAAUUGAGAAUAAUUUUAAAUUUAUUUUAACAUUUUUCUUUUUGUCUAUACGCUGUAAAAAAUUUGGAGUAAAUUUAGAGUUGGAUUUUAUUUAAAUUCAAAUUCUAUCGAAGUUCCGGAGUUUUUUAAAAAUCCCUCCGCUUACGGAGUGAAAAAAGAGUUUUUUAAGGAGUUAUUUACUCUGAUCUGGAGUUUUUAUCUUAAAAUAAACAUCUUUUUGAUGUUAAUUUUACUCCACUAGGGAUUAAAUAAAUAAAAAAUCACUCCGAAUUUAACCCGCGAAAAUUUUUCGCAGCGUAUAAAAAAAUGUGUAAAAUAAAUAAAUAAAUUGUCUGUUUGUUAUCAACAAUUUGUUAAUAAAAUAAAAAUAAAAUAUUUUUUAAAAAUUUUACCCAUUAAAUUUAAAUCCGUACGUCUAUUAAAUAGACAAGUCCAAUGUUUAUUAAUUUUAUAAUAAAUUAAAACAGCUUUCGUCGCACCAUUACCUAAGAUCUGUAAAAAAAAAAAAAAAAAAAAAAACAACAAAAAAAAUAAUGUAGAAUGAGUGUUCAAAUGUCUAGUGUGCAUGUGAAUGUCAUAAUUUAAAAAAAAUUUAAUUAAUUAUUAUAGUUAUUAUAAUUAUUAUAUUAAUUAUAAUUAUUAUAGUUAUUAGAAUUUAUAAAAUGUUGCAGGAGAAGUUGUACAGAAUCGUUGGUAACGCGAUUAUUAUAAACUAAUUGGUAGAUUAAAAAAAAUUAAGACGGUGCAAUUUUUUGUCUUAAAAAAAAAUUAUUUUUUUUUUCGUCCUUAGAUGAUAAUUUAUUUUUUACUUGUGUUUCAAUAGAUUUAUAAUAUAUUUAAAUUAAGUGGUAAUUUAUAACAAUUGCACCGUGUUUUAAUUUAGCUAAUCAUUGUAAGCAGUUUGUUUAAUUAUUAUUACUAUUAUAAGGUACUUAUUACGUGUAAAAAAAAAAUAAUAAUAAAAUGCUAAAGUUUA